AUGCCCGUCAAGCAGAUCAUCUCUACCGACAAGGCUCCAUCACUUCCAAACAUCUACAAUCAAGCUAUCGCAGUAAAUGGCCUGAUAUUCUGCUCAGGCACAAUAGCGAUAGACCCUGAAAGUGGAAAAAUCAUCGAUGGCGACAUCAAAGCACACACGCACCAGGUUCUGAAGAAUCUCGCGGCGGUGCUCGAGGCUGCGAACACUUCGCUGGACAAUGUGGUCAAGCUCAAUGUGUAUCUCUCCGAUAUGGACAAUUUCACUGCUAUGAAUGAGGUGUAUGUUCAGUAUUUUCCGAAUGAGAAGCCCUGCCGCACCCGUCAAGACACUUCCCUGGAGUACAGAUGUUGA